AUGCGGGCUGGAGAGUUACUAGUAGCUGCAGUCAAAAAGCUCGAUGUAUGCUGGUCCCCGGACUUGGCAGAAGCAGGUGUUGCUGCUUUUGGUGUGAAGUUUGCCAACAGACUUGGAUACAGGGACGUGGAACUAGAGUGUGAUGCAAUUAAUGUUGUUCAAGCAGUCAACAGCAAACACAAAGGUGCUACCCCGAUUUAUUUGUUCUAUGAGGAUAUCAUUAGAGCAAGUUUAGACUUUAAUUCCUUUAUUUGUAAGCAUGUUAAACGAGGGGAAAAUGUAGUUGCUCAUUGUGUAGCACGGUGGGAAACUACCUAUUGGACUGAACGUAUUUGUAUGUCUGUUUUCCCCCAAAGCCUAGUUGCUUUGGUGGACUUGAUUUAA